AUGGCUAUCAAGUUCAUGUUCCUAUUGUCCCGCCAGGGCAAAGUGCGGUUGACCAAAUGGUACGAGACCAUCAGUCAGAAGGAGAAGAGUCGGAUCAUGAAGGAACUCACGGCAGUGAUAUUGACCCGUCGUGCCAAAAUGUGCAAUAUCUUGGAAUACAAAGAUAUCAAGGUUGUAUACCGAAGAUAUGCCUCUUUGUUCUUCAUCAUGGGGAUCGAAAGUGACGACAACGAGUUGAUCGGCUUGGAGAUCGUCCAUCGUUUUGUGGAGCAGAUGGACAAGAUGUACGGAAACGUGUGUGAAUUGGACAUCAUUUUUGGAUUCAACAAGGCCUACCACAUAUUGGACGAGUUGUUGUUGGACGGAUACCUCCAGGAAAGCAGCAAGCGAGAGGUCAUAAAACGGGUAUCACAGCAAGAUGAUUUAGAGGGGCUUGAUGAUGUGGACGUACUUGUUAGUCUGUACUAG